CUCGCAGACGGGCAGCAUUUUCGCGUGUGGUUCCGAGAUUGCUCCACUAUUCUCCCGUCGAUUUUUUUCCUUUCUGAUUUGUUGUCUUCGCCGUCGAAAGCUUUCGGUUUCUAAACCCGUAAGACACUGAGAGAGCGAAUGAGUAAAGUAGUUCGCUCCAAGAUUUUCUUUUCGUUCGAUCCGAUCGUGGUCACACAAUUUCUGGCUGGCAAAGCACCUCAGCAAAUUAUUUCCAGUAAUGAAAUUAGUUUAAGAGAAGUGCUCGCACGAGAAGCACUGGAGCGGGUUUUGUUUCCCCUUUUCCAAACCGUUUGCAUUAUUUUCUGCACGAAGACUCAGUUUGCUUGGAAUUUGAAAACCAGCAGUUUACAUCUUCAACCACGAUCCACGAGCUGAGUGUGUACUUUCGUCUAGACGUUCUGGAGUUUCGUUCUUGGGAAAUAGUUUGCUACGGUCUGUCAUUUCGGGAAGCAAGGCGUAACAAAAAAAAAAUAAAACGGAAGGAUUCGGAAACGAGCCUGCAGCAGUCCGGAACGAAGAACGAUCCCGAUAGGAACACACGCGAGUUCGGCAGCAUUCAUCAAGUGGCCAUAAGAGUGAUGUGAAUCUGUUUCAUGGUUUUCGGUUGGUUCCUCGUCUGAAGAUAGUAAAGCAAAAAAAAAGUUCAUGAGGAUAUUGCAACAGUUCAUUCCAUCGCCCGUCUGAUCAUGCGUUGAGUGGAUUUGAGUUUGAAAAGCCCGAAGCACCUGCAAAGUGGGAGGAAUAUAUCCUUAGCACCACGGUUAAGUGAAUUUAAAAAAAACGAGCUGAAAGUUGAAUAAAAUAUAUUUGAAUAUUUUUGAUCGCAAUAGCACGCAAUAGCUAGUAGUGUGGGUGUAUAUUUGGCGGUGUGAUCGAUUGCCAAUUUUACGCCUUGUAUAGUUGCAUUUAUUGGUGCAAGAGGAAAAAAAAUCGAUGGCGAAUCAAGCUGUGCUGUGAGAGUGCUACAUUAUUGUUUGUCCAACACAAUCGUCCUAUUUUUCGAAGGCAGAGAAAAAAAGUGUACACAUAUUUUGUAGUGAAACGAGAUCAGUGGGAUAGAAUUGUCGGAACAGGAAGUGGAACAGAUAGUGUUUUGGAAGAGUUGACACAGAGCGAAAAGAUUGAUUGGGACAUAGUCCGAAUAGAAUAGCGCGCUACAAUCCCUCGCCAUGAUGGAGUUCAGCGUUGGAGUACUCUGGCUUGCAUGCCUGGUCCUGCUAUUUAAUCAAGAAAAUGUACUCGCACAAACCAGGCGCAGCUUCCGCAAUGGGGCCGCCCAGCCACGCGCGCUCGGCUCGAACCCAAAGUCCAGCCACUCAUCAUCGGUGGACUUCAAUUGUCCCGAAGAAUUCGGGUACUAUCCACACCCUACCGAUUGCACACAAUACUACGUGUGUGUAUUCGGUGGAGCUCUGCUGGAGAGUUGCACCGGUGGACUGAUGUAUAGCCACGAGCUGCAGACCUGUGAUUGGCCACGUAACGUUGGCUGUGAUCUUCCGGCACUCAGCGCUCCUUCGGCGCCAUCCAGAGGUGCAGUGACACCACGCGUUCCGCAAGUAUUCUCCCGCAUUCGGUACUCCUCGAUGGGAGCCUCCGCACCAUCGGCCCCAUCUGGCCCUUCGGGCCCAAGCGCACCCUCCGGCCCAUCCGGUCCAGAACCAUCGGCUCCGGCACGUGUCCAGCGAAUUCACACACUGCCUCCACCUCCGCCACCGGCCAAUCCAAACCCUGUGAUCACCAACCGAGGCCAAGCGAAGAAUUCACCCCAGGAAGAUAUUGCCAAGCUCUAUGCGGAAGCUCACGACACACUCCCACCAGUGGAAGAGGAUGAGUCUGAUCGGCAGCAACGUGUUUAUCGGGGCCAACCCAGCACUGUGACCCAAGUUCAGCGUGACCGUGACGGUAUUCUGCAGCAACCCAGUGUGAACGCCAUCCCAACACACGCUAAAGUAGGUUCCUUCGCGUACAGUGCUCAACCUCAACCAUUCAGUGACGAAGACGCACUACAAGACCUUGACCAUCAAUCGGAGCACACCAAAGUGCACGAUCGUAAGAAACGUGACGUGGCCUCGCAAGACACCAAAGCGACAACCAACGAUGACCCAAAAGACCCAUCAAUCGAUCCGAUUACAAACAACGAAAACACAGACACCGUCAAGCAAAGUCAGCCCGUCAAACGGUCCGAUGGUGAGGAGUCUCCCGACUCCACCAAAGUGAUCGAUCCAACAGAUCUCGAAGAAUCCGUUGACAGUGACGAAAACCUCCGCAGUAUCCGUCAGUUGAGACCUCUCGAGAAUUGGCAGUUUAGCUCGUUGGACAAUAGAAACAACUUUUCCCCACAAGGUUACGAUUUGUUCCCAUUCCCGGCGGGUUCCAACACGGACGCCAAAUCCGAUGCUCGACAUUUUCAGCAGCAGACAUACAAUAAAAAAGAAAUCAACAGCUAUAACGACUACCUCGAAGCAUACGCUAAAGCCAAACAACAGGGCCAAUACCUACAACCGGUGGGGAUCCCUAGCCAUCACAAAGCAGCGAGCUCCCAGAACUACAAACCACCCAAUAAAAUAAAUCCCCAGGAAACGAUACUUCCGCUGUUGGUAUCUAAACAACCGCCUAGGGCACCUCAGUACCAGACCGCAUUUACAGCUGCCGCGUUCGUGAAUAAUCACAAGAAAUAUUCCACACCUGUGCCAGACAUAGACGAUGACAACAUUCCAGACAACUUUGCGUAUUUUCAUUUCGGAAACAGCUACUCAUCGACUCCAAUCUCGGUGAACAACAACAACAAAUACUCGGCCCAGAAAGGUCCUCUGGUACCGCCACCACCUCCACAACCAUCUUCUCAGCCGUUGAAGCUAUCUCCAACGACGCACCGAAAUCCAUUCAUAGCUUUCAGCUCAGUGGGGGGAUUUUUCAACAACCAACCCACCUCCAGUCCACUGAAGGAAUCAUUCAUCAGUGUCCCAAAGCACCCUGGGAACAAUCUGCACGAAGUUAAGGCACAGAAAAUUUCCAUUAGACCAAACACCCACACUCCGGUGUUCGCUAGUAACUCGAUUCCCACAGUGAAUGGCCGAUAUCAAUCCACAACUCCGAAAGCUCCCGUGUAUUCGCAGGAAUACUACCCCCAAAAUACACACGCUAGCAGUGCGAAGGUACCUCAGAAAAUACAGCCUGUCGUAAACUACAACAGCUUCCCAGUGAAACCCACCUAUGAAGAUUCCACCCAGAAACCGUCGACUUAUUUCGUGACCAAAUCCACGCACGGUUUUCAGCCCAUCAUCGGAUCAACAACGCCCCGGUACCAUCAACAGGCCGCCAUCCAGCCUAACGCGGAAUACAACCAGUUCUUCGCCAGUAUCAAGAACAAUCACGUGAAACAAGUGGAUACAAAGUUACUAGAUGAACUGCAGGACUUUGGAAAAAUCUAUCCAAAGAACACUACCACAAAUCUUCGGCCCGUCCAACCGUUGGCACCUGUGAAAUCCGUGCAAAAUGCUCAGUCUUUGAAACCAGUGCAACCCACACAAUCGUUACAACCAUUGCAGCAGUAUGACCCGAUGCUGUAUUACGGCCCCUCGACCGUCAAACCUACUCGUGGUUACAUUGAGUACUACUACGAUGAGGAUGCUAUUCAGAACGCUCAUGGGCAGAAGUAUGUGAAGAACACGCUGAACAGUAAUCGUAAACCAACCUUCCAAAGUCCUCCAACGGUGGAAGAGGAAGAAGAGUACUACGAUGAAGAAGAUGAAGACGACUACGAGUAUCGGUUCCCGGUGAAUAAAUCCAAAUACACGCCCAUGACCGAGACCAUGGCUCCGAGACCGCUACCAAGUCUGACCACGGCGAGACCCCAGGCUUCCGUGUCAGGUCACAUCUACUAUGUGAACCCUAAUAAGCACGAAACGAGCACCUGGCGUCCCAGUACGAUUACAACCCAUUCGCCGACCACUAGCGACAUUCCACCGAUCAUCAAAUUCCCGGGAGAUGUUUUCGAGGGUAUCAAACCCUUCGGUGACAUUCCCCGUUACCAGAACAAAACGACUACCCGUCCGUACGUGAACGCCAAUCGCCCACGAGUACCACCCCGACCGACGGUCGUUUCCAACUCGAACCUCAUUGACGAGACCACCUCGAAGGAACUGCUUCGAACGACGGCCAGAUCGCCCAUCACGGCGAAGGGCAUUGUCAAGACGUACACGACCCCGACGAGUGUGACUCAAACCCCACCACCACCCGUAGUGACGCGUAGUACCCGGACGACCACGACCACCACUGUUGCUCCGACCAGUGAGACGACAUCGCGCAAGCGGUAUACCGUCCGACCAAACCGUGGCCAGCAGCGCUGGCGCUCUUCCACUGAGACUCCGGAAGAGCCGACGGUUAGCACCCGACCGAACAAGAACCGUUACAAUCACUUGGAACUCGAUGAACGGCUACCGAACAGAGUUGAAACAUCCUCGCCUGCCCCUGCCCCCAGCAGAUACAUCCCGGAGCAGCCACAGAAGACCGUGCAUCACAGCAGCCAGAGCAGCAAGAACUACUACAACACCAGCAGCUACGACCCGUCCGGGUACGAUUACUACUACGCUGUCAACGAUGACGACGUGGAGCUGUACAGAGAUGUUGAGUAUCAACCACAGUACAAUCAGAACAAUCAACAAUCGCCCCAACAGCCACAGAAGGCAAUCGUAUCGUCUACUUAUCGUCCUACCGUAGUCACAACCAUCGCUCCAACUUCUCAGCGGGAACCGUCAACGUACGUCACUUCUCCCAGAACUACCUACCAACAGCGCCCGUCCUAUCAGGCGGAUUAUGAUGAUGCCCUUGUGUCACAGCUUGAAGAUGAUCGUUAUAAUCAGAAGCAGACAAACACCCAAAUCAGAAACGAGUUGAACUCAAUUUCUGACCGUCCGGUUUUGGUAUCGUCAACGGUUCGUAACUAUAACAGUCCAAAGUACCAGACCGCCUUCGUAACAUCGCCCGUGCCGUUCUCACUCCCAUCAACAACUACAGCAAGAACCACUACAACCACCUCGACCACCACAGCAACAACACCCGCUCCUCCACAGUACUAUACAAGAUCAUCACAAUUGGAUGAACAAAGCAAAAAAUCAACUCCCAAACCAAUUAUAUUAACACUCGCAGCACGCGCGGGUCCCACUUCCACCUCGACGGAGAGUCCCAUCCUAGUGUCCUUUUCCCCGUUUUCCUACACACCUCGGUCCCCCAGUUCCGGAUCGAGUAUCUACAAACCCACGACAAGAACCACUAGCACUACCAGCACAACCGGUCGCUCCCUACCUUUCGACAGUGACGGCAAACCUUUGUCCCGAAUCCCUCCGGAAAUAAAAUUCCAUCCCAUCCCAGAGGACAGCUACUAUGACGACGACGAUGAUUAUCCGCUUAGCAAAACACGUUACGAAUAUGACGCUCGGGACGAAGACAGCAGCAAUGAUCAGUCGAACAAAAAGUUCAUCACACAAAAGUUACUGCCAGUCAAUCCGCCAUCCUCCAAUUACACUUCGGGUGGGCUCCGUGGGGACAGUCCCUUCUCGUAUGAUAAGCCUAGAAACUACUUCACCUACUCAUUCAACAGUAGCCCUGAGCCACUGAGGUCACUAAGCUCUACAACCGAGACCACGACCACGAAACCUACGACAACCACUAGCGCUACUUCUACUACCACAACUACAACUACUACUACCAGCACCACAACCACAACACCACGCCCUGAAAUACAAAAGCAAAACGUUCAUACCUACGUCAUCUCCGACAUACAGCCAGAGAGUUUCAAGGCACACAAACCGGUGAUUCCCCUGACGCGGGUGCCGGCUAUACCUGAUUAUGAUAGCUAUUUGAACCCAAGUAUUCGCAGUCGCGGUCAAAAUACCUUUCUCAAGGCUCUCGGCACUACACUUUCCGCCACUCAGCAAUCCACUAUCGCUACAUCUACCACAUUCGCACCAGUUUCUGCUUAUUCCACUGCUAGACCAUUCAACGCACAGGACACGAUCAAAACCAUCGAAGUCGAUGGCUCGCAGUUUGUCGAACCAAAUUUUACUCUGGUGCGCCCUAGCUCUACACAAUCACCUCGUUAUAUUCUUAACUCGGACGAUUUCAGAGUUAACGGCAGUAAACAUCGGUUGACGCUGGGUUCAAUCUUCGGCCAUGGAUCAUCAACAACAACGACAACAACGACGAGGACUCCAAUUCUAUCCUCGUCUACACGUUACGAACCUCGGCCAGAGUAUUCGAACGACAGCAAGGUUCCUCGAGUUCCCUCGGGUAGCUUCAAAUACGAACCACAGACCACCGAGAGACCGGUAACCCGGACUCCGAUAUAUGAUAUCAGGACCGAGCACAUACUCCCAAGCUCUACCCAAUCCCCACGAACCGCUGCAAAGUCCGAAAAUUCCAAGACGAACCAGACAAAUCGGUUGCCGGUAACUUCCACGCUCAGCCCUAGUGCGGCUCCAACGCGAGUGACAUACUCAUAUUCAUCCCCUCGGUACGAAAUCGGUUUGGAUCAAGUCGACUACAGGAAAACUGUGCGACUGUCCUCGAUGUACAGCAAACCCGAGGAACACACAAGCUCCACCGUAAGACCCACGACAAGCGCGCCCAAAUAUGAAGUCAAACCCGACCAGUUCGAGGAUCACAAGUCUAUUCGCUUGACUCUGGGCACAGUAUUCGGUGACAAACCUCGUCUAGGGUUGUCAACGGUGUACACUAAACCCGAAGAACCUAUUAGCUCCACAGAAAGAUUCACUACAACAUCUGCUCCAAGACAUCAAAUCAAACCCGACCAAUUCGAGGACGGCAAAUCCAUUCGCUUGACACUCGGCACCGGGUUUGGCGGAAAAACUCGCUACGAAAUCAGCCCAGAACAAGUUGACUACAGGAAGACCAUUGGGUCGUCUGUGUAUACUAAACCUGAAGAGUACAUUAGCUCCACGGAGCGUUCCACCACUAACGCACCCAGAUAUGAAGUCAACCCCGACAAAGUCAGUCCAGAUCAAAUCGAUUAUAGGAAAACCUCCAAUUUGACAUCGGUGUACACUACACCCAAAGAAUUCGUUAGCUCCACCGCAAGGCCCACGACGACUUCGCCCAGAAAUGAAAUCAAACCCGUCCAACUCGAGGACAACAAAUCUAUUCGCACAAACACUCGCUACGAAACCAACUCAGAGCCAAAAGAUUAUAGAAAACCCGUUGGGUUGUCUACGGUGUACACUAAACCCAGAGAGUUCGUUAGCUCCACUGAAACUCCCACGACGAAUCCGCCGAGAUAUAGGAUCAAAUCCAACCAAUUUGAGGAUAACGAAUUUAUUCGUGGAAAACCUCGCCCUGAAAUCAGCCCAGAUCAUAAUGAUUAUAGAAAGAUCGUGGGAUACACCAAACUCGAAGAGCACACCAGUACCACUACAUCUUCCCCUAGAUAUGAAGUCCAACCCAGUCAAUUCGAUAACAACAAAUCAAUUCGUUUAACGCUGAAUGCUGGCAUCGGCGGAAGACCUGCCAUAACGAAAGGAACAGUAGAGGUAGUAGAACUUACAACGCCCAGCCCCAAAUAUUCACACUCGAGAGUGUUUGAUAAGGUGACAUCCACCACCACUGAACCUACGACUACAACAACGGGCAAAGCGCUGCAUUUCGUGUCAAGUUCUACCACGUCUCCGAUACGCUCGCGUUACUACCAGAAUCGGGCCGAAGCCACUGCAUCUACCAGACUUAGUAGUCGACCCGCUAAAGUGAGCUAUCUCGAUACGGACCCAACCUCACCCAGUGAAUGGAUUGCCUCAUAUCCGGAUAAUGUGUUCUCGAAACCUCAAACCAAUACCCUCCAGGAGCAAGAUGAGCAGGAACUGGACGAUUCCUACAUCCCAUUCAAAGCUGAAACCGACUUUCUGGAUCAGCUAGAAAUCAAAACAUUGCCACCUACACGUUUUCCACCGAGAACAACCUCAACACCACCCCCAUCUAGCACCUUUGAUAGUAGAAAAAUUUCCGAGGCAGUACAAAGUUUCACCUCUCGGGGACAGAUCUUCAAAGAUACUCUGAACAAAACAUUCGCACCAAGCACUUCUACACGCCUUCUCGUAUCACCGUUCAAAAGCCUUGAAGUGCAACGACAAAUGACCUCAUCGGACAAAUCGUUAAUUUACUCUACACCUAGAGUGAUUUCUAACACCUACCGAGUUACUUCCGAAGCACCUCGUGAAUCUUCUUUCAGAAGUUUUUUCUCGAUAACCGCUCCAUCGAAACUAACCACCUUUGUAAAGCCCACCACUACACCUGCUACUAGAACAACGCAUGAUAUUGCAACUACUUUCACAACUUCUACUACCACAACUACUACUCCUGCUCCUAUUACCACUACCACUACUUCUACCACCACCACCACUACCACCGAGCCAACUACAACAACCUCAAGCACAACUCCUUCCACCACUACCACAACCACAACAGAGUCUACCACCAGCACGAGUACUACCCCACUAACGUCAAGCAGUACCUUAACGUCUUCGACUUCCGCUGCGAGCACAGAGGACUACACUGCCACUAACGCCCCCAAAUCUACCGAAGUCUACCGAGGACGGUACCGUCCAAUGUUCACUUUCAUAAAACCUGUCGAAUCAUCCGACGAGGUAACCACCCCUCGCUAUCGGCACCGUAGCCGUGGUCACUUAAGACGAACAUACUCUCGGCUGCGGCCAACGGCCGCGAAAGCCACCCUUAAACACGGUAACGCAAACGCUAACCUGACUUCUACCAGCACUGAAACCACGGUGCUUUCCAUAUCUUCCGAGUAUCCCGAUCGCAAGGUGACCCUUUCCGUGUCGCCUUCGGUCUCCUCUUCCACCGGUUCAUAUGCGAACCGUGUUCGUACCGCCGAGUCACGAUCUCGCGACGCUAGCGAUGACGUUUCUUCGACGAAUACAACCCAUUACAGGUCACGUUUUAGUGACGAUAAUGCUGAAGUGUACAAAAAGAAUAUAGCUCCCACGGAGAACGUAACAAUUAGCACAGAAUCGGAACCCGUUGAUGUGGUUAAGAUCACAGACAAGCCAGUGUACUACACUCGUUUCCAUUUAACCUCGACUGAAUUGAACACAUUUAGGCCUUCCUCCAACAGCGAGACUGAGUCAACGACGAAGAAGUUCCGUGCGACCGUAGAGAUGCCCGAAAUGAACAUACCGACCGAAAAGGAACUGCUGUCGUACCAGCAGGAGGACAAUACCAGUAACGAAGAGGACGAUGAGGACGAAGAUGAAGAUGACGAAGUCCCGCCCGAGGAGGAUUUGGCGGAUUACUCGUACCAAGAGUCGACCACUGUUGCUCCGACAACCACCACGACUGCUAGAACCGCUACCCAGUACAAACCUCUUUACCGAUCGUCGAGACGUUACACCACUACAGAGCCGACGACCACUACCACGACGAGUACCUCCCCUCGGUAUACAUCGAGCUCCAGCACCCAGCGAUUGCCUUCUACCACCACCUCGACAACUGUAGCACCAAGUACACAACGCUCGACCACCACCUCGACGACGUCGACGACUACAUCAACGACAACAACGAUGACGACGACGACGACGACUUCAGCCACAAGUUCCACAAGCCACAGUCCGAGUACGACGACGACACCAGACGAACCAACGCACGAAACAACUUCAAGCUCCACUUCCAACACAACACAUACCGCUAUCACCACCACCACCACCCCUCGCUUACCCACAACAUACUCCAUGAACAAGCUCCCACCGCGCGCAUCCAGAGUCAAUAAUGCCAUAAAGACCACGAUUGCGGCCGCACAGCUGCCACGCCGAUAUAGCAAACCGUCAGCCGGGAAAAGCAUACAAUGUACAGAAAACUCGCUUUCCGCCAAGUGCAACGAAAUCCCGUCGAGAGUGAGCAGCAACAACAACAACAACCGUAACCGUGGGAACUCGCAGUAUGCUACCGACAGCCAGUCGACUGUGGCGUCCAACAGAGGAACUCACCCACCACGCGCCCGCCCAACGCUGAAGCCCUCGCAAACCAUCGUCUCGAAGGCGCAGGAGUUCAUCGAUAUCUACCGUCAUCCGGCGACGCGUCCCGAACCUCUAUACCCACAGCCAACUCCGGACAAGACCGCUGCCAAGUGCCGCAAGGAUGUUUGCCUGCUGCCCGAUUGUUACUGCGGCGGAAAGGACAUCCCCGGGGAUAUGCAGGUCGAGCAGGUGCCCCAGAUUGUGCUGCUCACCUUCGACGAUUCGGUGAACGAUCUGAACAAGCAGCUGUACCAGGAUCUGUUCGAGCGUGGACGUGUCAACCCGAACGGGUGCCCCAUCUCCGCCACAUUCUACGUGUCACACGAGUGGACCGACUACAGCCAGGUGCAGAACUUGUACGCCGAUGGGCACGAGAUGGCGUCCCACACUGUUUCGCACAGUUUCGGUGAAGCAUUCUCCCCGAAGAAAUGGGCACGCGAGGUCGCCGGUCAACGGGAGAUUCUGUCCGCAUACGGAGGUGUCAAGCUGGAAGAUGUGCGUGGUAUGCGAGCUCCGUUCUUGUCCAUCGGUGGUAACAAGAUGUUCAAGAUGUUGCACGACUUCAACUUCACGUACGAUUCGUCCAUGCCGGUGUAUGAGAACCGUCCACCAAGCUGGCCGUACACCUUGGAUUAUAAGAUUUUCCACGAUUGUAUGAUCCCUCCGUGUCCGACCAAGAGCUACCCAGGUGUCUGGGAAGUUCCAAUGGUUAUGUGGCAGGAUCUGAACGGUGGACGCUGCUCGAUGGGUGACGCCUGCUCGAACCCACCGGAUGCCGAGAACGUGUACAAGAUGAUCAUGAAGAACUUCGAACGCCACUACACCACCAACCGGGCGCCAUUCGGUUUGUACUAUCACGCUGCCUGGUUCACACAGCCCCACCACAAGGAGGGCUUCAUUCAGUUCCUGGACGCCAUCAACUCCAUGAAAGAUGUGUUCAUCGUCACCAACUGGCAGGCACUGCAGUGGGUACGUGAUCCAACGCCGAUGUCCCGCAUGAAUUCGUUCCAGCCAUUCCAAUGUAACUACUCGGACCGUCCCAAGCGUUGCAACAACCCCAAGGUGUGCAAUCUGUGGCACAAAUCAGGCGUUCGGUACAUGCGCACCUGUCAGCCGUGCCCCGAAAUCUACCCAUGGACCGGAAAGACUGGCAUCCGCUCGUCCCGGAUCGACAACGACAUCGAAGUGGCAGACACGAACUGAGCAAGUCCAACGCCGUCCAACCGGAGGUUUGUGUGUUAAGAACAUUUACUCUUCAUAUGUACUAGUGCGAGAACAAAAAGUCAAGAAAAAAACAGUCAUGCGAGAAAUUUUCUGAAUACGAUACGGAGUUCCCUACCCAAGAAAACACGGAAGUAGAUUACACUCACUGUCAAAAGUCUAGCUGAUUCUUUUCUUGUUUCCGGCAGGACAGGUUUAGAGAAAAGCAAUCCAACUAUGAUACUUUUGCUUGUUUUUUGGAGAGUUGAGAAAAUUUGCAAAACAUAGAAGAUAUUGGGUAGGUUCUAGCUGCCGAAAAUUUCAAGUAAUGACAAUGAAAAAACUAUACCCGAUUACUUAGGAUUACUAUUACGUUAAACUACGAGUUAAACUGAAGAAGCUUCACACUCACUUCGCCAGCCCGCAAUUGGUAACUUAUUACGACAAGGGAGUCACCGGGAAGUGCUUGGCGCAUUGCGCGCUUCAAUUCUUCAUCAUCGGCGAGCUGAACAAAAAAAACAAGUUUUUCUGAUAUUUUAACUCUUAGGGUUUUAUGAUACUAUGAUAGUGUUGUUUUUCUGUAAAUACCUUAUUCUACUGAGACGUUGAUCGAAGCUGAGGGAAAAGUUCCGUUAGAAAAAAAUAUAUAUGAGAAUAAAAAAUGACAAAUACUCACUCAAUAGCUAAACCCUAUGAAGGAAUGUAACGCACGCGACCUUUCGAAGACACGAAUUUCCAAGAGAAAAAAAAAAACAACGGUGAAACGUAGCACUGCCAUAGAACACGAGAGGUUUGUUCGCACUUAAAUACAUAAACACACACGCGCGCGGAAGUUGUUGCACCUCAUUUGUAUGUAAAAAAUCGUGCGAGGCGAUAGUAACUAUAGGAGCAAUAGUUGAGCAAUAUCAGUAGGGUUAGUUAGGUGUCCAAAUCCAUCGUUGCGCUCAAAAAACAAUCCAAAAGCCCAGUUAAAAACUCCACUGUGAGAUAAUUCCACUGCCGAACAUUGAUCACCAGUGAUGGGUUGCAUACCUAGGAUAACUCUAGAGCAAAUUGGCCGUUCGAAACACUUUGGACAGACUCUAAGAACUAAUCGACGAAGAAUGACUUUAAAAAAAAUCAUAGUGAUAUAUACAUAUUUAUAGCUAGUUAUAGACGUAGCAUCUUUUGUACAUAAGUAAGUUUAUUCAUCAAGUAUAUUGUAUUGGCACGCUACCCUAUGCAUACGACUAUAGAGAUCAAGGUCUCACGUAUACCCUUUCUUAUUCACCUAUUUGAUUGAUUAUGAAUUGUGUGCACAUCCUUAGGCUCUAUCGAUUUACCCCCGCUGAUCACUACCGCCUGCUUUCCCCCCCUAGAGCGCUGUUUUACCCUUCCCCCUUUUUUUGUAACGAUACUUGUAUAACAGUAAUUUAGCGCGUACAGAUAACAGAUGAAGAUACACACUAUGUUCGGAAGGAAUGCUUCAUUUAUUGUCGCCCUAGCGAAAACAGCAAGAAAACAGAAGAAGAAACAAAAAGAUAACUUUACCGCGAAUGUAUUUUGUUCGUAAGUGAUAUUUGAUGGAAAAUAUCGUGUUGUUAGCAAAGGCAUGAAGAAAGUUACGAUUACUGGAGACGCGUAAGCAGGUCUUAGUUUAGAGCAGAGGAAAGUUGUAAAUGUGUCGGAAGUGAUUUAAUAAAACAUGACAAAUUUUAAA